AUGUCGUUUACGCUCAGCAUCCGGCAGGGCCCUGCGCGCCUCGCGCAGCGACUGCCCGAGCUCUCCAAAUGUAUCCUUCGGGGGCCGAUGCGGAGCUUCCACCAGUCGACAAAGCCAACAAGCGGCUUCUUCAGCUCGCGCAUCGCCACGUCGGCGGCGACCCGAAACGGGUUUGCGCGCGGCGCACGCUCGUACCACCCACAGGCAGCAACGCAGCAGGCGAGCGGCACCGGCACGCGCAAGCUCCUCGUCGGCGGCGCCAUCUUUGGCGGCACCCUCGUCGCCAUCAACAUGGUCUUUAACCGCGAGACGAGAGAUGACGGCGGCAUGCCCGUGUACGAGCGGGACUACCUGAACAACACAUUCCUGCACACGGGCCUCGGCGUCGGCAUCAUCGGCCUGACGGCGAGGCAGAUGGUGAAUACGGGAUUCGUCUACCGACUGAUGGUGACGAACCCGUGGGUCGUGGGCAUCGGCGGCCUCGCGCUGUCGUUUGCGACGAUGAUCGGUACUCGAUCCAUCAGCCCAGACAAUUACAUUCCCAAGUACGCCCUUUGGACCGCCUUCAACGCCACCCAAGCGGCCUUUGUCGCCCCCUUGCUCGCCUUUGUCCCCGGCGCGCUCAUCGCCCGCGCCGGUCUCUACACCGUGGCCAUGAUGGGCGCUCUGUCCGUCGUCGGUGCGACGGCGAAGCAGGAAAAGUACCUGUACAUCGGCGGCCCUCUCCUGGCGGGCGCGGCCAUCGUCGCCGCCUCAGGCUUUGCGCCGCUCCUCAUCCCCGCGACGGCGGUCCGAACGCUCGCCUUUACCGAGAACAUCUGGCUCUACGGAGGCCUGGCCGUCUUUGGCGGCUUCACGCUCUACGACGUGCAAAAGGUGCUGCACCACGCGCGGCUGGCACAGGCCGGCAUCAUCAAGAGGGACCCGGUGAACGAGAGCAUCUCGCUGGAGCUCGAUUUCUUGAACAUCUUUGUACGGAUGGUGCAGAUCCUGAUGAUGAACCAGAGCAGGAGGAAGUAG